UGCGCCUCUUGGCUCCUCCGCAUUCAACAUGAACUCCUGACUGUGGGAGCGUUUGUCGUAAGGGCGUGUUCGUGUGGGUACGUGCUUCACGGCUUCGGCAACACCUGCGAGCUCGUGCGAGCGCCGCAAUUGAUUGGUAACGCUCCCCGGCGAAAGAACAGCACCAACGUCGGCUAAAAGUCAGGUCCGUUGUCGCUGUGCGUGUGUGUGUGUGCGCGCGCUUGUGUGAGUUGGUCUCGGUGAGUUGGUAAACGCGCGUUCGUGCGCCUGGUUGCGCCGACGGACUUUGUGGGGCGUGGGCGAUUCUCAAAACCCACGACGUCGCCGACUGACUGGGACCCUCCGACGGAGGCUGUGCCAAAAUGAACGCGUUUCGGAAACGCGUUUUGCACUAAACAUCGCUCGAACCAAGAUGAUGCAGACAUCGAACCAGCAUGAGGAACUCAAGGCAAUGGGUUACGCGCCGUACGAGGCCGCGCAACUUGUAGGCGCCGAUCCGUCGUCGGAGCUUGACGGCAUCGUGUCCGGUGGCGGCAACAAACGGACUUCUGACGACGCUGGUAUCACCCUGGACGACAUGCUACUCCAGCAGCAGCAGCAACAGCAGCAGCAACCCAAGAAGAUGCCGCCUCCGAACGGCAAGAAGACCAAGGGACGUGUCAAGAUCAAGAUGGAAUUCAUCGAUAACAAACUACGGCGGUACACAACCUUCAGCAAACGGAAAACGGGCAUCAUGAAGAAGGCCUACGAGCUUUCGACGCUGACGGGCACCCAAGUCAUGCUCCUGGUGGCCUCGGAGACCGGCCACGUGUACACGUUUGCCACCCGCAAGCUGCAGCCCAUGAUCACGUCAGAGGCGGGCAAGGCGCUCAUCCAGACCUGCCUCAACUCCCCGGACCCUCCCCAGGGGACCACUGGGCCCGUGGGACCCAGCCCGGAUCAGCGCAUGAGUGCCACAGGCUUCGAGGAGACGGACCUCACAUACAGCGUCACUGAGGACAGCGAGAACAAGGACUCCAAGGCGCUGUUUGGCAGCCUCCUGGGAGGAGGUCCUGACGACAGCGACAGCGACGGCUCCAGCCCAGACAGCCCCCCCUUGUCGCCGCACAAGGCUGGCAGCAACAACGGUUCCCCAUCUCCCAGCCUUGCAUCAGUCCUUGGAUCAGCUGGUGUUGCAGCCGUUUCCUCAGCCAGCGGCCACUCAGGGGAGCUGUCUGCACUGUACCGCAUUGGCGGCCAGCCAGUGGUGUCGCUAGCAGGAGGUGGAAGUGGAACAGCAGCAGUGACGGUGCUACCUAGCUCCCAGCCUUCCCUGGGGACUCUCAUGUACCAGACACCCCAGGGGCUACUCUACGCUGCACCGCCGGGUGGCACCAUACCAGAAGCACUCCUGCUUAACCUGAGCCAGUCGGUGGCUCUCAAGGCAGAGUCUGCCGGUGCAGCCCAGCAGUACAUCACCAUCCCAGUACCUGUUUCAAUGGCACAGCAUCAACAACAGAUGUCUGUUGGCCAGUCAAAUUCAUCAAAGAGGGACAGAGUCGGCAAGUAGGCCCGUGCUUGCCGGAAGGGACUUUGUCGCAAUCCAUCGCCGAGGCCGAACCCAACGAUGGCCCGAGGUCUCACCACAAGUGCCACAGUUCUUGAACAUUGUCCGACAACUCCAGGACUAGGCUACCCUCCUGGUCUCUCCGCAAGGACGAGCCAAAGGCCUGGAGUCCUGCCCCCGAGGCCCUCUUCAUGUCGUUGCCAAAGGCGACGCUUGCCAAUAAAGCAUCUUUUCUCGUUUUA